UUCAUGCAGUAAACAACCUCGACAAGAUAUCUCGAUAUCACCGGCCACACAUGAGGUCUGAUAUAUAACGGCACGUUCCAAUGACCGCUCCAGCCGUACUCAAGCAGUACUCCUCCCAGAUCCUCCCUGGCUCUACGUCAUCAGCCAACGGCUUCACGACACUGCGACAACAUGCGGAUUGAGCUCUACAGCGACAGGGGAUUAGUACAUCAUCAGAAUGGGCCCAAGCACACGAACGUCCGUUGAUCAAGAGCAUAGCGAGCUUGAAGCUCCUCCGCAGACCUCGAGUCCACAAUCCCUCUCGAAAGCAGUACACGCUCGAAGAUCUGAAUAUGUGCGUCCACAGAAGAUCAAAGUCAAGAUUGGGACGUGGAAUGUAGCUGCGCGUCCAGGGACGGAUAAGGAUCUCAAGGGAUGGUUUGCACAGGGGAAGGGCGUCGACAAGAAGUUGGCGGGGAUGAAAAUAGGAGGUGGCGACAGUCGAGAUGGUUCCGAGGGCCUGGGGCCGCAAGAACAUGGAUCAACGACGGGGUCUACGCCUCCGAAUGGUGACAAUGGAUUAGUGCCUGGUGGAGAUGAGAUUGGGCUGUAUGUCCUUGGGCUUCAAGAGGUGGUGGAACUCUCGUCUCCGAAAGAAUAUAUUGGAAGGGUAUAUGCGGAUCCCGGACCUGCUGCGAAAUGGAAGAAAGCAUUGAUCGAAGCGUUACCCCCCGGGUAUAUUCAGAUCGCAGAACAACAGCUUUCUGGGUUAUUACUCUUUAUAUUCGCCUCGCCCGACAUUGCGCCAACAAUAAGUUCCGUCAGUUCUGUGAACGUGGGUACUGGGAUGAUGGGGUAUCUGGGAAAUAAAGGUGGCAUCGCAACGAGGAUAAUACUUGGGGAGACGACACGAAUGGUUUUCAUCAAUUGCCAUCUGGCUUCUGGGGCAGAUCCCAAGGAUUUAGACCGAAGAUGUUGGGACGUGUCCCAAAUUCAGCAAAGGGCAUCUUUUGACCCUAUUAACUGGGGUGGAGUUUUGGCUGAUGGACCGGAGGGUAUUGGGGAGGAGGACUUUGCAUUCUGGUUCGGAGAUUUGAAUUUCAGGUUAGAGCUUCCCGGUGACGAUAUUCGACGACUUCUUAUGCUGCAUACGAAAGGGGAAUACGAUGUUGGGAAGUCACGGAAUAAAGGCAAUGGGGAAUCAAUUGAUGAUAGUGAUGGACCCAUUAUCAUCAGGAGUGUGGAAAGCGAUGAUGAGUCCGAGGGUGGGUCGGUACCCAGGACUAGCAGCACGUUUGAGAAUGGCGAUGAUACUUCUUCUGUGUCAUUACCGGACCCAGAUGAGUUCAUUGAAGAUCCGAGUCAAGACCCAGCAUCAUUGCAAGCUACGAUCGAGUCGUUAUUACCUCAUGACCAGCUGAAACAGGUUCAACAGAACCGGAAAGCUUUUCACGAUGGUUGGAGAGAAGGUCCGAUCACAUUUUUACCCACGUAUAAAUAUGAUAUUGGGAGUACGGGACAUUUCGAUUCCAGCGAGAAGAAACGAGCGCCUAGCUGGUGCGAUCGGAUACUUUUUAGGACUCGCAGGGACAAGCUUGAGUAUGACGGGAAAUCUCAAGAAGAAGAACUCACUAGGAUAAGGGACGAAGAGAUGAAGGCAAGAGGAAUUGACCGCGCACAGGAAGAUGAGGAUGUCUUGUUUGAUUAUAAUGAUGGUGCGGAUGAAGCUGGAACUGAUGAAGAGCCAGCCACGACGAAAGGAUCUUAUGACGAAUAUGACGAAUAUGAUGAAAACGAGGAUGCGGAGGAAGUGGUUACCAAGGAAGGCUUCGUGGAUAAGAUUCAUUUGGACGUUUAUACAACGCACCAAAGGGUUGUCUCGUCGGAUCAUAAGCCCCUGGAUGCAGUCUUUACGCUGGAAUAUGAUGCAGUAGUACCUGAACUCAAGUCGAGAAUUCAAGCAGAAGUUGCCCGGGAACUCGACCGAGCAGAGAACGAAGGGCGGCCCGGAAUUACUGUUGUUGUGGAUCAUUCUCAUGACGCGGAGGCUGUAACACAAACGAACUCACGGAAUCCGUCGAUGGGAGGGACAGAAGGAGUCAAUUUUGGUCCGGUCUCGUUUCACAAACGAAUACGUCGAGGCUUGACAAUCGCUAACACAAGUCAAGUCAGUUCAACAUUUGCAUUUGUUGAACGGCCAAGUGCGCCUGGAGAGAACGAACGCAUUGCGCCUUCUUGGCUAUCAGUUUGCUUUGUUGGGUCCGAAUUCGAUGAGGACUCCCGACAUAUGAAAGACAUGAAGAGGGAGAUUACCUUAGAACCAGGCGAAGCUGUAAAUGCCACAGUUGAGCUGUUUAUUGAUGAUAUCGACUUCGUCAAAUCCCUCAAUGACGGGAUAGCCAAACUUGACGAUGUCCUGGUCCUACGCGUCACAAAUGGCAGAGAUCACUUCAUUCCAGUCCGCGGCUCAUGGCUCCAGUCGUGUUUCGGUCGCUCUGUUGAUGAGCUCAUCCGCGUCCCCGAAGGCGGUGUCCGAACACUCUGUCUUGAUAAAGAUGACAAAGGAAGCCCUAUCAACCGCAGCCAAGAAGUCCGCUGGUCCGCACCCCGCGAACUCUUCAAACUUACAGAAGCCAUCGAAUUGCUCACCGAGCGCUGCAUAGCUGAUGCGAAUAUGCUCGAGAAUGCACAACUGCCCAAAGAGUCUGCUGGCUGGCCAUUUGAUUCAAAAUCAUGGCUGCUCAACGACAGUGGCGCACGAGAAACGGGGAAGGGAUAUGUGUUAGAAGCCUUGGAUGAGGAUAAGAAUCUAAGAGAGUCGUUCCCGCCUGAGAUGCCUGCCAUCGAGAAGGUAGAGAUAUUGGCUGAAGUACUAGUUACAUGGCUAGGCAGUUUGACCGAUGGGAUCAUACCUGAAUCACUGUGGAAGCAACUUGACAAUGACAUUACCUCUCGAGGCACGAAACAAAUUACCGACGCCGAACAAACGCAAAAUUGGGUCCUGGACGUCCUCUCAUCGUCGCCAAAUCACAACAUCUCAUUUGUAUUCCUGACGAGCAUGCUGAAACGUGUCGCUGGAGAACUGGCCCCCGUUCCCCAGUCCGCAGGAUGGAGGGAUAGUCUGGGAAGGGCUAGCCUUGACAGUGUUCGGCGGAGUCUAAGUUGGAGAGCCAAGCCUCCCCAGUUUCCGAACGAUAAAGAAAUACUGCGGAGACAGGCUCAGGAGAAAGCGUACGCGGAGGUAUUCUCGCGUGUGGUCUUCAGAAGCCAAGUCUUCAGCAAGGAGAAAGAGAGGAAAGUGGCUGAUGAAAGGAGAAGGUAUAUCUUGGAGGCUUUCUUACAUGGUGGUACGAAUCGUGCCUGAGGAGAGCACAGGCGCAAUGCAAGAGAGGAAAACAAAUCUAAUGCUCUAUGUAUUAUAAGGGAGAAAGAACCAUUGGAUAGCGUUAUGAAAAAAAUUCGAAAGCCCUCGGAUUUUAUCUGUGAUGCCGAUAGGGGGGCUAACAAGUGUCGGCCGCUAUAUGACCGCGUAUUGGUUCCAAGGAGAACAAUGAAGAGGAAAAGGAAAUAACAACCGAGAAGAAACUCUCGUCUGACGUAAGUCUCCAGAUCCGUUCUCCAGCCGUGGGGAAGCUCCUAU